AUGAAGCGACGCUCACAGCAAUCCACCCGUAGUGCCACCCGCGAGACGCCUCUGCAUUCUCCGUCGGCCGGUGGCGACUCGUCCCCGGUUAUCGAGCGCAUCUCGUCCCACAAGACGUUCCAUCACAACGAGUUGGACUACUUCACAAACGAGCACUUCUCGCGUUCGUUCAACUCGUUGAUUUUGGACGACACCGAGGAGUUCAAACUGAAGAAGCUGCACAACAAGAGCCCGCCCUUCGCCUUGCGCACCAGCACCCUAGUGAUCGACGAUGCCGAUGACCCGCUCGAACUCCACGAAGACUUCGACGACUUGUCGGAUGUAGAGCCUGUAGAGGACCAACUCCCAACACAAUCUGAGCAGGUCGUGAAUGAACCUCCUAAACUAGCUACAAAGCCUCUUCUCAAACGGUCUUUCAAGUACUUCAACUUGUCGAUCGACUCCAACUUGUCUCCUGGAGAAGUAACAGUAGAGGGCAAACAAACGUCAUCAUCUGCAUCGCUGUCGCUGCGAACAACUCCAUUCAACAAGUUCAAGCGUCCGCACAAACUCGUUAGUCAAUCGCCUUCGCCCAGCCAAAACGGUAAGUUCAAAGCUGUCCUCGAUGCUAUCUCGCCGGUCAAAAACGAAAAAAAAUUGUUCAAAAACUCGAAUAAGAUUCGCGUGACUUCUCCUCUACGAUCACAGUCCGCAGACUCUCCGUCACGCAAGAGAGACUUCAACUUCCGCAAGAUCUUCAAGAGUCCAAAUUUGAAAUUCAAGGGAUCCUCGUCACCAUUGAAGAAUCAUGUCUACGAUCCAUACAACUCGAUCUUAAUGGAUGAAUCGCCGCUGCGCGUGAGAAAGUCUUCUCAUACGUUUCAGAUCCAUCAGGAUAGCAACUCGCUUGAGCCUACAACUGCAAAGAAACAGCGUAACAAUUCCGCGUCGGCUAUAAUCCCUAGUUUUGAGCCGUAUGAUGACAAGGAAAACACUCCUCGCUCCAAUAGUCAACCCACUAAAAAGCCUUCUUACAAGUCUGUGAAGCCACUACAAAUUGCCUUUGAGUCGACUGGCCUUGUCAAGAAGAGUUCAUUCGCAGGAACUACAAAAAAGCUACCACCGGAGACUCCAAUGAAGAAGAACCCCCUUCUUAUGAUGAAGAAAGAAAAAAUGAGGCCAUUUGAUUUUGAUGAGGAUAGCUUUUUGAGUCAUGAUCAUUCUAUUGAGGUUGGUAGAAACGCAAAUUAUACACACUCAAAUGAUUCAAACUCCUCCUUUUUCAAAUUUCCAACAGUUUCAUCUGCGCAAAAAGAUCCAGACUAUAAUUUGCUAAUUCUGUCUGACGUUGAGUGCGAGGACCCUGUGCCCGAAACACCAACGAAGCUGAGCUCCAGAGGAGCACAUCCACUCAUUUACCGUACUCGUUCAACUAACCACUCGGAUACUCUACUUCCCAGGGAGAAAGAUGAACCUUGCACCCCAAUUCUGCAUGCCCCUUCUGAUACCUUGAUCUCGCUGCAGGCAACACUUAAUCUUCUUAAUACCGGCCGCAUCAAUACAGAGGAGAAAUUGGCAAAGGAGGCGAGUUCCAAAUUGGUAACUUCUAAAGACCAAGUGGAUGAGUAUUUAAUGGAGAAGUUCGGGAAACAAAACAUCUCUUACAUUGGAUGUGGCCAAUUCUCGGUAGCUUUUGAGUGCAAUUUUGGUAAUGAAAAAUUUGCUAUCAAAAGGACAAAAAAACCUGUCGCUGGAAGCCACGAGCGCAAAGCAAUCUUGCGGGAAAUAGAAGCCUUGAAAGUCCUUACCUCCAUUAAAGAUGAAGAAAUGGAAAUCGAGGGAGGUAAAGAGAAUUUGGUGAUCUUUAUUGAGGCUUGGAAUUACAAUAACUACUACUACAUCAUGACCGAAUUUUGCGAGGGCGGGUCCUUGUAUGACUUUUUGGAAGAGCACAAGAGCUAUAAAAUGGAUGAGUUCCGAGUUUGGAAAAUCCUCAUUGAGAUUAUAUCUGGUCUCAAAUUCAUUCACCUGAAGAACUACUUACAUCUCGACUUAAAGCCCGCUAAUAUUUUCAUCACAUUCGAGGGAAGCUUGAAGAUAGGAGACUUUGGACUUUCAACAAAGCUUCCAAUUUUGGAGAAAGACUUUGAUUUGGAGGGAGACCGUAAUUACAUUGCACCUGAACUCAUUAACGAGAAGAUCUACACACCAUUUGCAGAUAUUUUCAGUGUCGGUUUGAUCAUAUUGGAAAUUGCAACAAACAUUGUCUUGCCAGGAAAUGGAACGCCAUGGAGAAAGCUUCGAAGCGGAGAUUUAAGUGAUGCUGGAAAAUUGUCUAGCGACAAUAUCAGCGACUUCUUACAUCAUCGUAACUUCUCCUCGCUCACUUCAUAUACCUCAUCUCUAAAUUCUUUGCAUCCUAAUAGCAUCUUCAACAUGGGCAAGAGUAACUCAAAUCCCUCGAGCAAACAAGGAACAACGAGUGAGACGCUUUCAGCGGGCAUGGCCACGGCUGGAGGCAACAAACCCAUUGAGAAUUUGCGGGAUAUCAUUCCAAAAGGCGCCCCUGAAUUCCUCGUCGACAACUCACGAAACUUGGAUAGUUUGGUGGCGUUGAUGUUGAAGCCCAAUCCUUUCGAACGACUUACUGCAAGCGAGAUUCUUUCUCGACCCGAGUGCGUUGAGAUUGAAACAAGACGAAAGGCAGGAGCAACCAUUUUUGAAGGAGAGUUUGGACCCAAUGACGAAGAGUUGGAUCCUCUCACAACGUGA